AUGAGCCAACAACCCCACGACAUGGGUUACCUCGACUACACAGGCCCUGCCAGCCGAUCGCCGACGUCGUCACGACAAAACUAUGGAGCUGGCUUCGCUUCCGGUCUGACUUUGCCUCGCCAACCGCAGCGGCCAUUUGAUGUCCCGCUCGGCUCUUCGGCCCUGUAUCCUUCGGAUAGAAUAAGCAGCGGAUACAAUCCCAGGGCGAUUGACAGCAUGUCUGGCCAUGGUGGGAUGCCUGGUGGCUAUAUGCUGGAUAAUGGGCAAUCAUGGAACUACAACUCUGUCGGCGUUGCUACCGUCAACGGGGCCAUGAAUGGACCAAAUCGUCAGCGGAGUGUCAACCGACGAGCUGCAUUGCCCCAAACCUGGACAGAUCAAGGCGCCAUGGGGAUGCCCAACAACGGACUCUCAUCAUUCCCGGGUAGUCUGAAUGGGGGGCAACUGCCCAAUGGUGGACUUCGUGUUGAUCAUGGACAGGCUCACACGUCACCAGACCUGCGCUCGACCGCCUCGGAUGGCGACCAGCUUAUCCCUACCGCAAUUGUUAUCAAGAAUAUCCCCUUCGCUGUUCGAAAGGAAACCCUGGCCUCCAUCAUGCUAGACUUGAAUUUGCCUCAGCCAUACGCAUUUAAUUAUCACUUUGACAAUGGCGUGUUUCGCGGACUCGCUUUUGCCAACUUCCAGUCUGCCGAGGACACCAGGGUGGUUAUUGAAGCCAUGAACGGCAUGGAUGUCCACGGACGAAAGCUUCGAGUUGAGUACAAGAAAAUGCUGCCAGAAGCCGAACGAGAGCGCAUUGAACGAGAAAAACGAGAGAGGCGUGGACAACUCGAGGAGCAGCAUCGUGCUCCAAUUCUUCAUCAGCAGAGCUCGAUUCAAUCACUGGGUGGCAUGUCGCAGACACAACAGCGAACACCGUCAUCUCACCUGGGAGAUGUCGAUUUGAACGACCCCCAGAGCCUCGAAUUUUACACUGAGCUUGUCAUGUUCAAACGAGAUGAUAGUCGUGAGAUUUUGGUGUUCCCUGCUGGUAUUAGCCCAGAACACCGGCGAUCCAUCCAUAUCUUAGCCCACCACAUGGGCUUGGAGCAUCAAUCCAUCGGUGAAGCUGACUCUCGCCAAAUUACGGUGUUGAAGCGACAACAGCCAUCUCCCACAGCAAACAUCCAAAAUAUUCCAGCCAACAGCCUUGACGUGCAUAAGCGUGGCUUGAGCCGGGCCGCAACAUUUGAUUUUGCGGCGGAUCGGGAAUCUCGAGCCGCAGCCAAUAAUUAUUCGCAUGUGAUGGGCCGGCAAGGUCCCACGUUGGAGCUUCCAGGGAGCCCCGACGGUAGCGGUGUUCCUAACAAUUUACGGGCAGCCAAGAGCUUUGCUGAUCUGCGGUCAUUCACGCCCAGCCCUUCGCAAGCGUCCUCCAGUUAUCUCGCCCCAGGUGGCGGUCUGAACAACAUGGUUCCCGGCUCCACCGCUCGUUUCGGCGACUACCAGCCUGCCCACCCUGGAAAUCCAGGAACACCAGGCCCCAAGGGGGACAGUCUCAUCGCGGGUCUCAGCGGAUUGAACCUCAGUCCUUACGACUCGAACCCGCUACAGUCGCAGGGCAGGAACGCGCCGGGGGCUAUUGGCAGCCAGCGACCUGGUGUCUCCAGUAACAGUAAGGGCGCUCCUGAGAGGCAGCCUCGUGGUCCCGAGUGGGAGUCAACAGGUGGCUUUGGCGGCCGUGGUCGAGCUAACGGACAUAUGCAGCGAGGCAGCGGUACGUCUGGGGUGAGAUGCGUCUAUGUCGAUGUACAAAGCUAA